UUUUUGUAACCAAAGCUGGAUGUGUAGGACGUCACAUGUUGUUUUUCCCUCUUCACUCCAGUCACUUAGCGAUAUGUGUUAUUUACUGUUAAACUGCUUCUCGCAGCGAACGCGCAGCUCGCGCCGGGAACAGAACAGAGUGUGACUGGAUUUUACCCGCGCCUCAGAGGAGACUCACUGACUGACUCGCUGCACAAGUUGAGGAAAAGUGAGAGUUUUUCUUUACGGCAUUUGAGAAUGGCGAGUCCGCCGCCGACUGGAGGACAGCUGAUUUCAAACAUUACCGUAAACAGUAACAAGCACGUCAGGAAAUACGGAUAUCUGAGGAAACAGAAGCACGGACACAAGCGCUUUUUCGUGCUGAGGGAGCCGAGUGAGGGCUCUCCUGCCCGGCUGGAGUAUUACGAGAGCGAGAAGAAAUGGAAAAACAAGUCGGCUGCGAAAAGGGUGAUACCUUUGGACUCCUGCCUGAACAUCAACAAGAGAGCCGAUGCCAAACACAAGCACCUGAUCGCCCUGUACACCAAGGACGAGUAUUUCGCCGUGGCUGCCGACAACGAGCAGGAACAAGAGGACUGGUAUGCGGUCUUAACGGAUGUAAUGAACGAGGGGAAAGUAAUCGACGGCUCCGCGUCUAAUUCGGCGUCAUCUCUCGUCGGGUUUGAUGAGGCGAAUUACGGCGUGACGGCUCCGCAGGUCAGUGCCACUUACAAGGAGGUUUGGCAAGUCAAUUUGAAAUCUAAAGGACUUGGACAGAGCCGCAAUUUAACCGGCGUUUAUAGGCUGUGUUUAACCACCCGGACCAUCAGCUUCGUGAAACUCAACACGGAGGCGGCGUCAGUUAUUUUGCAGCUCAUGAAUAUACGAAGAUGCGGACACUCGGACAGCUUUUUCUUCAUCGAGGUCGGCCGGUCGGCGUCAAUAGGACCCGGCGAGCUGUGGAUGCAGGCUGAUGACUCGGUGGUAGCGCAAAACAUUCACGAGACCAUUCUGGAGGCGAUGAAAGCAAUGAAGGAGAUGUCAGAGUUCCGCCCUCGCAGCAAGAGCCAGUCCUCCGGUACCAACCCCAUCUCCGUGCCCACCAGGCGGCACUUUAACAACCUUCCGCCGAGUCAGACCGGGCUGCAACGGCGCUCGCGCACCGACAGCAUGGCGGCGACGUCUCCCGUGACGAAACUGACGUCCUGUCGGAUACGCACGGCGAGCGAGGGUGAUGGAUCUAUGACGGGCAGCCCCAUCAGUCCCGGUGUGAACCGGACGCACUUGAGCCGCUCCAACACAGUGACUGCUCGCCCCUGUAGAACUUUUGAGACCUCUUCCCUGCAGCACAGUAAAUCCAUGAGCAUGCCUGUGCCUCACUCCCCACUAUCAGCUGUCAGCCUUUUCAGCCAGUCCUGCAGUAAUGGCUGUAAUAUAGAAAGCGCCCCUCGCCCCUCCAGCUGCACAGCCUCCAUUGCAGGCUCACCCAGCGAUGCUGGCUUUAUUUCUUGUGAUGAAUGUGGCUCCAGCCCGGGAGAUAUACGGCACCUUUUAGCAGCAAACCGAAGCAACACACCUGAGUCCUUCACUGACACGCCCCCCUCACAGGAGGGCAACAACCUCUAUGGAUACAUGAUUAUGGAGAGGCCCAGCAGCUGUGGGAGGCGAAGCAACCGAGCAACAGCAGAGGAGAGCAUAGGAGACUUGGAGAAGGCCUACAGAAGGAGGACACACUCUCUCACCAUGCCUUACCAGAAGAGGGUGCCAUCACAAGUGUCAUCAGCUUCACUGGAUGAGUACACACUUAUGAGAGCAACUUACACAACUGGAGGCCAUUCAGGGCGCAGCUCACACACCGCAUCCCCAAAGGUCACAUACCCUGAGGAUUAUGGUGACAUUGAAAUUGGUCCGUUAUUGAAAAGUUCCAGCAGUAAUCUGGACGAAAAUGGCUACAUGCCAAUGACACCAGGUGUGGCUCUGCAAGGGGGGAAGGCUGACAACUACAUGCCUAUGAGCCCAAUGUGUGUUUCAGCCCCGAAGCAGAUCAUCAACCCCAGGACACACCCCCUCAUCGUAGCAAAUGGUUAUCGAACCAAUUCUCCCUGCAGCUGUUUUGUGGAUGACAGUGGCUACAUGAAGAUGUUGUGUGGCUCAAAAUUCUCCAUCGACAGCUCAGAUGGGAAACUGACUAAUGGCGAGUACCUCAACAUGUCUCCUGUAGAUUCUGGCUCCGUCACACCACCAGACUACUGCCAGAGCCCUGUGGGUGUGGAGCAGUGCCCCUGUCUCAGACAGCUUCACUCAUUUAACUCUCUGCCCCACUGUCAUAAGCCCCAGCAGACAUUAAAUGAUGAUGAAAACUAUCAGUAUGUUGUCAUGAAUCCUCAGAGUCACAGGAUAAUUGAAGAAUCUGUAACCACAGCAUCUUCCCCUGUCCCAUCUCCUCUGCGACAAAGCCGGACAGAAAGCCUCAUCCACCGGCAUAGGAUCAGUCGGCCCGCCCGCCUCUCUUUGGACACACUACGUACGUUACCCAGUAUGAACGAGCAUCCCCUCCCCACUGAGCCAAAAAGCCCUGGUGAGUACAUAAACAUAGACUUUGGAUGUGUUGCUGAUUGCUGCUCUCCGCCCUCCACUGCUUCCUCUGAAAGCCCAGCCUCCUCCCUGGGAUCCUCCAGCGGUCAGAGGAGAUCACCCCUCUCUGAUUACAUGAACAUUGAUGUGAGCUCACAGUUGCCCAAAUCUGGAAACGUCGCCCCAUCUGAGCCUUUAGAGGCGCUGCCAGAGCUGACAUCCUGCCCCGCCCACCCUGAUGGAGAAGAGGAGAAAGAAAGGUACCACCUCACAGCACAGGUGGCACCAGCGGGCCCAGCUGGCAAAGCUAAAGACGAUUACACCGACAUGAUGUUCGGCAUGCCUGCUUCUCCUCUGCAGCCUGUGGCUCAGCCUUCAGAAAGUGGGCAUACCAUCAGCCCAUCCUCCUGUGUGCAAAGAUUGACUGUGGAUGAGAGUGUGGGUGUGCCAGCCGUCGAAGCAUUUCUGCUAUGUGGUACCACUCUGGCCUUGGUGGACCCUGACCGGGGCGCCAAGGUGAUUCGCGCAGACCCCCAGGGACGCAGACGACACAGCUCGGAAACAUUCUCCUCCACCACCACCGUCACACCUGUUUUCCCAUCCUUCGCUCAUGAUGCCAGGCGGCAUGGUUCAGCCUCUGUGGAGAACGUGUCUGUGGUGAGGAACAGCGAAGGAUCAGAUGAAGAGAACAACAGUCCCAUGUGUAGGGAGACAUCGGCUGGCUUUCAGAAUGGACUCAACUACAUUGCCUUAAACUUGAUGGAUGAGGGACUUGACGGCUGCGAUUCUCUUGUCAGAUUCAAAGCUGCCAGCUGCUGUAAAGAGGGCAUCAAUGGAAUACAUGUCAGUCCGUAUGCCAGCCUUGGGUUCAAGGAGACGGCAACAACAGUAAAAGACUAAACAGAGCCAGUCUCCUCAGUCAAGCUCCUUCAAACCUUCUAUCUUUCUUUUUGCAUCAUUCACAAUGAUAGGAAGUGAGGAGGCGAUCGUGUGGACAGAUGGGCCACAUUGCUGCUGCUUCAGCCCUCGGCUGAUCUUUGACCCCCUGAAAUGCAUUCGAAUGGCCGUCGUCAAGGCAACAUGGACACUUGACCCCGGCGCGAGGUGUGACAAUGUGUCUCCGACUCAGACGCUGAGAGACGGGACUUCCUGUCCAUCUGUUACUCACUACAAUCUCUUCCCUCUGAAUGCUGAAUUUUUGUGUUAUGGACCUUUUCGAUGGUUUAGUUGAGAGCUCUGGAGUUGCCAGUGUCCCUCAAACCUCAAAACCUGUGAACAAAACCUGGAGAGAAACAUCUGAUACACACACACACACACACACACACACACACACACACACACUGCACGCACAACACACCUGUUGCACAAGUCACUUAUUUAUUUACCUGUGUGCAUGUGUGUGUAUGGGAGUGUUUGUGCUCGCAUGGGUGGUCUCAACACUGCACAGAGGUGGCAUUUCAGAAAUUCAC